AUGGGGCGCAAAUUCCAACCUUACGAGGCCCAUCUCCAAUACCUUUUACAAGUUAUGGUUGAUUACAAUCUUUAUGGUUGUGAUUACCUCGAGGCGGCAAAGGUCACAUUCCGAGCUCCUGUUCCAGUACCUGUCGAAUCCGGUGAGACUAGCCGUCUCUGGGAUAGCACUACAAUACCACCAGAACUCGUUUUGGAUCGGCCUGAACUUCCUCGGAUUAGUCAUUGUUCGAUCGAGGUCGAUGUGUGUGCCCAAGAUAUCCUAAACCGCUACAAAGUCCAAGAACGCCGCCUGCAUCACGAUUUCAUCGAACGUGAGCGACCUUUUCGUCCGGAUAUGAAACUUGUGCACAGCAUGGCCGAGUUGUGGAAAGAUGAGGAACAGCGUCGGAGGAAGAAAAUGGGAAAGUUGGAUCAAAGCGCCAGUCCAUUUCCACCAGAGGCUUUUGUUUCGAUGUCAGCAGGGCCUCGCCAUUCCGAUUGUGAAGGUUGGAUCCAGGAAACACAGUAUCGGGAGGCAGUUCAAGAGAUGAUAGCACGUGAUCCAGCCCUGAAGGAGGACGGAGAGCCGUUCUCAUUUUCGAAUUAUGUUACGCGUGACCCUGAGGAAGAGAGGAUCCAAACUGUGUUUCAGUCUGUUGAAGAUUUUUUCCCAGAAAAGUCGCUGUCUGCGUUGGGUCUUGAGCAUAGCCUAUUUCGAGAGAGUUCGAACCUAGCUGAUAACAUACAAGUUGACGAGAAGGGUAUCCUCGAACUCGAAAUCGGAGAGGAGGAACGAGAACUUGUUGAACAGGAGGUUCUACUUGAGAACCAACGCGAGACCGGAGCAGUCCCAGAAGUGGGAUUUGUGGAUCAAAAAACCUAGCACCACGCUCGAAAUCUUGUUGAGACCUUGAAGAGAGAGAUCCCAAAACUUAACACCGGCUUUGGCAUCAGUGGAAUGUGCUCAAGAAAGCGUCCAUCGGGAUCCACCUCUCAGCUUGUUAUGCAGGCAAAGUUGAGAGAGCUGAUAUCCAACAGAGAUCAGAAAGGCAGAAUGAAAGAAACCUGUCAGCCUAAGUUAAAACGGCCAGCCCCCGAGGAGCUCAAUGGGCUAGUUAAGAAACUACGGUUUGAGGAAGGCUAUCAGACUGAGAAAUAUCUUGGAAAACCUGUCCCCAAUGGUCAAUCACUGCAAACAGUCGAGAUGAAGAAUGCCAAACCAUUCAUACCCAACCCACAAAGGCCAUCACAAAAGCGACAACAAGUUGCCAAAGCGAAACGAUUCAGAAAUCAAACCCUCAGCUUUCCGGUCGUCAAGAAUCCCUACGAUCCCACCACACUAUCAAGGCUCAGCCAGCGCAGCGACUUGCAAAAAACACACGAAACGGGGAUUGGCAAAUCCGUGCUCCAUAGUCCUCAGCUUUCGAGAGCGUCGCUGUUGCUGAGCUCACAAGACUCAACGAAGAGUCCCACCCAGUUUCUCAAGCCCAAGCCUCUCUACUGGCAGGGCUCCCGUACAAUGUACCUCUUCAGUCUUCCACCGCCUUCAGCAUCAGAGGUCGCCACAACCAUGACGAUGUAUGGACUUCCAGAUGUACUGUAUUUGGAAGCCCACUACAGCAACGAUAAGGACGUGCCACCUCGUGAACGGGAACACGCUGGAAGAGAUUACCGGUUGGAUGGAAAUAGCAUCCUGUAUCUUCCUGAUUUUGAUCCAUCUGGUCAGUCCUCGGCCAGAAAGGGGCUGAAGCCUGAAUCUGGGCCCAACCUUGCAAAGAUUGCCUUGACCUACCAAAAACGACAGCGCGACUGCAGCUUACGAAGUUGGGAGAUAGCGGACCUUCCUCCGAGCUUUGCGGAAGUGAAAGAUUGGCUGGAUGAGCAGCAUGCGAAAAUAAAUGCUACAACCCGUCAAGCCGAGCUCGCGCGCAAAAUGUACCCCGGAGGAAGUAAGACAAAUAAGUCUGAGAUUUCUCAAAUUACAGGGCCAACCCCCAAACGAUUCAAGUAUUCACAAAAUCAGGUGUCGAAAAGCGUCCAGCGUGAAACGCAAUACAUGAGCACCAUGAGUCUGGAAAUCCACGUCAAUACCAGAGAGCAUUUGCUCCCUGAUCCCGAGGAAGACGAGGUGCAGUGCAUAUUCUGGUGCCUCAAAUCAGAUGAACAGUGUUUCCCCGGUGGGAGACCCGCGGACGGCAUUCUUGCUGGCAUCAUUGUUCUUUCUGAAAACCGCGAUUUGGUGCAACAAAUCCGCAGCCAAACCUCAGUGGACGUCCUUGAAGAACCCACCGAGCUUGAUCUCCUUACCAGAAUGGUCGCGAUCGUGCGGACACUUGACCCUGACAUUCUAACUGGAUACGAGGUUCAUGGAAGUUCAUGGGGGUAUUUGAUGGAAAGGGCAAUGCACAAGUAUCAAUAUGACCUCUGCACAGAGCUCAGUCGGGUCAAAUCCCAGUCCUCCAAGGUGUUCAGGAGAGAACAGGAUAAUUGGGGCUUCAAAACGACUUCAACAAUCCACGUGACUGGCAGACAUACCAUCAACAUAUGGAGGGCAAUGAGGGCAGAGCUGAAUCUUCUUCAAUACGACCGACCGAACGUUGCGUGGCAUCUUUUGCAUGUUCGCCUUCCGCACUACAAGCCGUUUACUUUGACGAAAUGGUAUCGAAGCGGACGGUCAAGAGACUUCUGCAAAUUCCUCCGGUAUUAUCUCAAGAUUACGCGCAUGAACCUUGACAUCCUCGAUGCCAGCGAGCUCAUCCCCCGGACAUGCGAGCAGGCAAGGUUGCUCGGUGUGGACUUUUUCUCCGUUUUCUCACGAGGUUCCCAAUUCAAAGUCGAAUCCAUCAUGUUCCGCAUUGCUAAACCGGAGAACUUCGUCAUAAUCUCGCCUAGCAAAAAACAGGUGGGCAGCCAAAAUGCCCUGGAAUGUUUGCCAUUGGUCAUGGAACCGCAGAGUGGUUUCUACUCUAGUCCCCUCCUGGUUCUCGACUUUCAAAGCCUGUACCCAAGUGUAAUGAUUGCAUAUAAUUACUGUUACUCGACAUUCCUUGGCCGGAUAGUCAGCUGGCGUGGGACAAACAAGAUGGGGUUCACCGAGUACAAGCGAGGACCAGGCCUUUUACGGCUGUUGAAAGACCAUAUCACCAUUGCUCCUAACAACAUGCUUUACGCGAAACCUAACAUUCGACGGUCCCUUUUGGCCAAGAUGCUCACUGAGAUUCUUGAGACCCGAGUCAUGGUUAAAAGUGGCAUGAAGCAAGACAAGGAUGACAAAGCCUUGCAAAAGCUCCUCAACAAUCGGCAGCUUGCGCUGAAACUUCUCGCUAAUGUCACGUAUGGUUAUGCGUCUGCUUCAUUCUCCGGUCGCUGCCCGUGUGCGGAACUCGCGGACUCAAUUGUGUUGACAGGCAGAGAAACCUUGGAACGGGCCAUUGCCUACAUCCACUCGGUCGAGCGCUGGGGAGCCGAAGUCGUCUACGGUGACACCGACAGUCUUUUCGUUCAUCUCAAAGGACGAAGACGUGAGCAGGCCUUCCAGAUCGGUGCUGAGAUAGCCAAGGAUAUCACCAACAUGAACCCAAGGCCGGUAAAAUUGAAAUUUGAGAAGGUGUACCAUCCAUGCAUCUUAGUUGCGAAGAAGCGCUACGUGGGUUACAAGUAUGACAGUCCAGACCAAACUGUCCCAGAGUUCGACGCAAAAGGAAUCGAGACAGUGCGCCGUGAUGGAUUCCCGGCUCAGCAAAAAAUCGUGGAGAAGGCACUCAAAAUCUUGUUUGAAACAGCAGAUCUGAGCCGAGUCAAGAGCUUUUUCCAAGCGCAGUGCUCCAAAAUCAUGCGUUCUGCUGUUUCCGUUUCCGACUUCUGCUUCGCAAGAGAAGUAAAGCUUGGGACUUACAGCACAAGAGGGCCAGGCCCACCUGGAGCUGUCAUCAGCACGAGGCGCAUGCUUGAAGAUGCUCGCGCAGAACCGCAGUACGGCGAACGAAUACCAUAUGUGGUCAUCUCCGGACCGCCAGGAUCACGUCUCAUAGAUCGAUGUGUCACACCAGAAGAGCUGUUGAGCAACCCCCAUGCGACCCUGGAUGCUGAUUACUACAUCGCCCAACUGAUACCGCCGUUGGAACGGAUUUUCGGUCUCGUCGGCGCCAACGUCCGUUCCUGGUACGACGAAAUGCCAAAAUUCCAACUCGCUCGACGUUUUGAAACAUUGGCAGCAAAUCCGGCAGCUCCCGGUCGUCCAGAGGUCGCUGGAAAUCAUGAUAACAACGACAAUGGAAACAAGAUGAUCGAAUGGUUUAUGCCCUCUACCAUAUGCAUUUCCUGCAAUGUCAAGAUGACGAAAUCGCCCGCCGUACUGGAUGUCGAUCAGGAUGUUGACAGGAGCGUAGUUAAUGAGGGAGAGGAACCGCUGCCCCUUUGCAAUCGCUGUGCGUCGGAUCCUCCAUCGACGAUGGCUGUGCUCCAGACACGACUCAACGCCGAACAGCGGAAGUAUGCAGACGUGGUGCGGGUGUGCCAAAGUUGUGCGGGGUUGUCUCCCUUAGAGGUGGACGAAGACGGGGUUCCAUGCGAAAACAAGGGCUGUCCUGUGUUUUACAAGCGGGUGAAGCAGCGCGCGAGGCUCGGGGCAGAGAAGACGAUAAUAGAGCAGGUUGUCAGGAGGUUGGGGGCAAAGGCUGGACAUUGCAGGAAAAACAGGGGUUGCGAGCUGGAUUGGUAG